UACACAAUGAGGGUGACACAAGCGUACCAAAAGACUGUUUUCUUCACAGUCAUCUUGGUAAUUUCCCUCAAACUGUGCGUCCUGGGACAAGAAAUUGGCACUGAUCAUCAUCAAAGUGAUCCCAACGAUCCUCAUGGAGGAGUUCCUAUGGGAGUUAAAAGCGUAGCAUGUGAUGAUACCAAGGUUGGAAUCAACUUCAUAAAAAAAUGAAAAUGGGAAACUUUUUUUUUAUGUUAAAAACUUAAAUUUGAAAAAAGGUUAUUCUUACUUACAGCUGAUAAAUUGAUGUCUAGUUUGAUGUUUAUUGCAUAAAAAAAUCAGGACAUGAAUAUUACUAAACGCCUUGGGAUUUCACUAUUAAGUUAUUUUCUUAGUGACUAUAUAAAUAUAGAUAUAUAAAUGGCAUCCUUUCGUCUUCGCGAGAUCAUGGAGUAGCUAUGUAGUCCUAUACUUCACUAGGCCAAUCCUGGAAUGACAAUCUAGAUAUUUAGAUAUAUAUGUGUCCAUAUUGUUUCUAAGUACAGAUGCAUAUGCAUGGUAUAAACCCAUAGACACAUAUCUUAUAAAAUAUAAAAUAAAAUUAAAUUUAUCCAUUAAUCGUAGUGUUAUUGUUUCGAUAUUUCAACAUCUGUUUCUAUAUUGUUUAAAAGAAUAGCAGGACAUUAAAGUAAGAACUAGCUUGUCAUAUCUGUCAUCUGUAUCCAAAAAAGGCUAACUGGCCGUUAGGUAAAAGGUCAUGUCUUUCACCAUGCUCUAUGUGCCAUCACUUGGGGAAAACUUGAGUUAUAGUCUUGACAUUGAUAUAAUGAAAUCCAGACUAAAAUAAACUGAUAAGUGAUGACUUCAUUCAAGUUCAUUUUUUAAAACCAUAACUCUAUAUUAUAUUUUAAAGGACAUUAUUAAUUAAACUGACUGUUGAGCUGAGUCAUAUUAUUUUAAUGAGAUCAAAUUAAUCUUUCACAUCAGACCUCCAUAGAGAUUGACUGGGACCCGAGGUCUUCUGAUGAGUAUACAUGUACUGAAGACAGGAAAGAGCCUGUAGGUUUCACAAAUGUCUAUUAUAUCUCAAUGAACUGUAACGAUAUUAAUUUCAAUUUUCAUUUUCUGCUGUUUAUUAUUGAUCUUAUGUUCUAUUUUUUAAAGUUUAAAUUUUAAACUUCUUUUAUAUAUAUAUAUUUUUAAAAUUCUAUAGUCACCUUCAGAUCGGGAUUCUUAUACAGCAGUGGUUCUCAACCUUUCUAAUGCCACAACCAUUUAAUACAGUCUGUGGUGAACCCCAAGAAUAAAAUUACUUUCUUUGCUACUUCAUAAAUGUGUGUUUUCCAAGAGUCUCAGGCGACCCUGUGUAAGGGUCAUUUAACCCCCAAAGAGGUCACGACCCACAGUUUGAGAACAACUGUUUUAUAGUAUCCAUAAAUAAAUUGACUAAAUAUGAUUUUGGUGUAUUAAAAAAAAACUUUAAAAAUAUUUUUUAAUGGUUAUUAUUUCCAUGAAAGAACAUUAAAUAUGGUCAGAUAUUUUUGAAUGCUUAAGAAAAAUAAAAUUGCUAAUAUCAUCUAAGUCAUUUCACAGCACAGGGGAAAUGAACUGUUUGAUAAGAUCAACUUUCGUUUAAUCUGCAUUUCCUAUUUCAGCCCAAGAAAGGACUACACUAUUAUGAAUCUGUGGAAAUUGCUCAACGGGUAAGUAAAACUUGGGUGAAAAAUGUUGGAAGAUAGAAUGUUGCAUGUUUCUGUCAUGUGUGUGUGAGGCUAUUAUAACAUUUUGAGACUAACAAUCAGAAGACGGUAGGACUGCAAUAAUGUUUAAGUAUAAAGACACACAGCUUCUUCUUAUUUAAUCAUGUCCAAUUUAUGAGAAUAUUAUCCUCAGUAGACAUAACUAAUCUUAUAAUUAACUUACGUAUCAUUAUAAAUAAUAAUGUGCAAUAAAUAAUAAUAAUAAUACAACUCAUACAAGCAUGGUAAUCAGUGGUGUGUGAAGUAGGGUUGAAAAUUGUUGGUCUGUCCUGUGCGGCACUUUGGAGGGGCUUCAUUUUGGGCCAAAUCCUGAUUUUAUUUUUUAAUGUGAAAAGGUGACCGCAAAUUUCUAAUCCCGGCCCAGAAGGCACCAACCAUGCCAGCCCAGAAGGCACCAGCCCUGCAACGCCACUGACUGUAAUUGAAUGAAUGAAUUCACUUUGAUAAACAAACUUCUGGAAGCUUAAACGUAAAUGUUGAUGGUAUCUAUUAUUUUCAGCCUCUGCAUGUCUGUUAUCCCACGGAAAUUAAAUAUUCUGAGGAUUUACCCACCAGGUAA